ACACGGUUCUCAUGCGGUGGUUAAAUGCGCAGCGCCGCCCAGCAGCGGCUCAUUGUUGAUCAUCAGUCAGUUUGUGUUUGAGUCCAGAUCCGAUCAGAGAGAUCAUGGCAGAAACCGCUCCAGCAGCUGCCGCGACCAAAGCGGCCAAGAAGAAAGCAGCGGCUAAACGCAAGACAACGGGCCCAAGCGUCAGCGAGCUCAUCGUUAAGGCUGUGUCCGCAUCUAAGGAGAGGAGCGGUGUGUCCCUCGCCGCCCUGAAGAAAGCGCUCGCUGCCGGUGGCUACGAUGUGGAGAAGAACAACUCCCGCAUCAAGAUCGCCGUCAAGAGUCUGGUGACUAAAGGCACCCUGGUCCAGACCAAAGGAACCGGCGCCUCCGGCUCGUUCAAACUCAACAAGAAACAAGCCGAGACCAAGACAAAACCCGCGAAGAAAAUCGCUCCUAAAGCCAGGAAGCCCGCAGCCAAGAAACCUGCCGCCACUAAGAAGCCCAAGACCGCAGCAGCGAAGAAGCCUAAGCCCAAGACCGCAGCAGCGAAGAAGCCCGCCGCUAAGAAAUCUCCGAAGAAGGCCAAGAAACCCGCUGCUAAAAAGUCAACUAAGAGCCCCAAAAAAGCAAAGAAACCAGCGACUCCUAAGAAGGCAGCCAAGAGCCCUAAAAAGACCAAGGCAGCCAAACCCAAGACGGUGAAACCCAAAGCCGCGAAGCCUAAAAAGACAGCAGCCAAGAAGAAAUAAACUCAAGUCAUUAAAAAAAAAAGUUUUAUCAAAACGGCUCUUUUAAGAGCCACCCACUAAUUCAAAGUGAGAGCAUUGUUUCUGUUUAAAGUAAUGUUGUAUUUUGACGUUAUUGAUACCUGAAUGUGAAUAUUCUGCUACAAGUGAGACAUUUAACUUGAAUCAUUAUUAUGCUUAAAACCAAUUAAAUAAAUACUAGGCGAUGGAGG